GAAGGAGAUGCUUGGAACGUCGUCGAUGGCCAGAGAAGCCUCGGGAAGCGAUUACCCGCAACGGGGAAAAAAGUGCGAGAGUCGGCGGUUGCCCAGCAAGGUCGCGGAUCCCAGCGGCCGCCGAGCGCAGUCCCGGAGGGCCCAAUGAGUACCCAACAGUUUCCACGACCUGGUGUAUCUUCAUCAAACUUGGGAGCUGGCCAGUCUUCCAUCACCAGCAUGCAGAACACCAGUGGUCCGGUGGCAUCAGGCAAUACCAUUACGGCUGCCAGUGAGGAGAUGAAUCGAGAUUUGGAGCACUUGCCACGAGAACAUUCUAAUCCUAUAUCUUCACUACCAUUCCGUGAUGAAAAGCAGGAGACUGUGGUAGUUCGGCCUUACCCACAGGUGCAGACUCACACACAGCCAUUAGCAACAGCCCAGCAUCACAUGCAGCAGCCUGGAGUGCCUGUGACUAUGGGUGCACCUCCCACGCACCUAGCUCAGGCCACUCAGCUGUCCUUCCCAGAAGGUCUGAUGAAGACCACACUCAAGUCGCCCUUGCCAAGUCGGCCCAUUGCUCCUGCUCCAUCGUCUGGCCUGGGACACUUAACUGUUCCUCCUAAGGUUUCAGGACAUGUAACAGUUAGCAUGGACACCAGUGUUCCACAGGCCUCUGCGAUCCCCGUGGCUACAAUCAGUGGGCAGCAGGGACAUCCCAACAUCCCUCAUCUGAUGGGCCCCAAUGUGCAGAUGUCUAUUAUCCGAAACCCUGUUCCAGCUUCCCUCCACAUUGGACCAUCCACAGCGCAGACUCAUAUGUUCUCAUCUCAUGUGCCUAGAGGUGCAGCAGUAGCAGCAGCAAUAUCAAGUUCCAAAGGAACUACAGUUCUGCGCCCUGCUCCAGCACCGUUGCCGACGGCAGGGAAUCCUCAGACUGCUGUGCAACAUUCUCUGCACUUGCCUAUACAGUCUCGCCCACCUUCAACCACUUCUGCAGCAAUCCCUUCAGCAGUGGUGGCAACAGUGUCUGCAACACGAGCCCAGUCUCCUGUCAUUACAACAGCAGCAGCUCAUGGGACAGAUGUCGCGCACAGUAGACCAGCACUGACCAUCCAACCUCAUCCAUCCGCUGCCACAAUUAGUAUUCAGCGUACUCAGCAGCCCCGUGAUACAACUGCUCGCAUCACAUUGCCUUCUCACCCUGCAGUGGCUGCCCAGAAACCACAGCUCCAUCCCAUAACACAGAAAGCCAUGUUCAGUACUGGCACACCAGUCGCUGCUGCCACUGUGGCACCUAUACUUUCAACAAACUCAAUCCCUUCUACCACGGGUCAGGGCGCUGUUUCCCAUGCUCAGGUAACGACCAGUACAAUUGUUAACAUGACAAUGGCUUCCCAUACACCUCAUGCUCCUGUAGUCACCACGUCAACUAUUCCUGUUGCAAAAGUUGUUCCUCAACAAAUCACUCACACUUCUCCACGGAUCCAGCCUGAUUAUACAACAGAAAGGGGGAACCUGAUCUCUAUACCUGGUCAUAGGGCGUCACCUAACCCUGUUGCGAUGGAAACACGAACUGAGAAUAGGCAAGUACCUGUGCAGUUCCAGUAUUUCCUGCCAGCUUAUCAGCCAUCAGCUGCCAUCCCUGGCUACCCAACACUGGCACAUACCUUUACCCCAAUAACCAGCACGGUCUCCACUAUUCGGCAAUACCCAGUUUCAGCACAAGCACCGAGCUCUGUGUCUGCAGCAGCGAUUGCGGCUCAGGCGGGUGUGGGCGUGGCUUCCACUGUCCAUCUGAACCCCAUGCAGCUGAUGACUGUGGAUACCCCACACACGCGUCACAUUCAGGGGCUCCAGCCAGCAUCGAUCACUGCCCAGGGGCUACAGCCUACUUCAAUUGGCCCCCAAGGAAUUCAGCCAGCUUCACUUGGGGCUCAGGGAAUUCAGUCAACAACUAUUGGCACCCAGGCUCUGCAGCCUGCAUCACUUGGCCCCCAACAGACCACAGAGAACAAACCACCAGCAGUGGUUGUUGACGGAUUGGAAGCCACCAUUGUAGCAAAUCCCAUUAAGCACGUUCAGUGCAACGCCUGCUGUCACAACUGGAUUCAGACCCACACUCAGAGCAGCAGUACCACCGCUCCAGAGGGAUCUUCGCCACGACCCAGUAUUCUGCGGAAGAAACCAGCCUCCGAUGGCAUGGCUGUUCGGAAGAGUCUCAUUCCUCCUCAGCCAACAGAGGCUACGAGCCCUCGGUUAGAUGGCACAAUGCGGAAUGCAUCUGGAUCCCCACGGCCAGUUGGAACAAAAUCUAAGCCAGAGAUCCAUGUUUCCAUGACCACGCCAGUGGCUGUUGCAAUGGAAGCAGUCAGCAACCAGAGUAUGGAAUCCAUGCCCAUAUCAGGACAGCCGAGUUCUCAGCAGCCUCCGCCACCAAUCCCAACACUCAUUGCAGCAGCUGCUCCCCAUCCUCAGCCUACAGCUUUGUCAACUGUUACAGCAGCAGUCUCCACCACUCCUCCAAUUUCAGUCUCCAUGGCUACAGUGGUAGCUCCACCAUCGCAACCAGUUGCCAUCUCUGUACCUGUCUCCAUGAGCUCAACGUUACCAGAGGUGAAAAUCAAACAGGAGAGCGAGUCUGCAGAUGCACUGCCUGUAUCAAUUGCAGUAUCAACAUCGCAAAACAUGUCGGUGACGUCAUCUGCUCUGACCCCAAUGGUGAAUAACCUCAGCCUUCCUGGGAACGAGCUGCCGCCGGGUGCAUCUCCCCGAAAGAAACCUCGUAAACAACAGCACAUCAUCUCCACGGAAGAAAGUGAAAUCAUGGAAACAAAUAGUACGGACGAGGAAAAGAAUAGCAGCAGCAAGCCGGUGCUGCUCAAAGCAGAGAAGAGGAAAUCGCCACCAAAGGAAUAUAUAGAUGAAGAGGGUGUCAGGUAUGUGCCCGUGCGCCCCAGGCCUCCGGUUACGUUACUCCGACAUUACAGGAACCCCUGGAAGGCAGCUUAUCAUCAUUUCCAAAGAUAUAGCGAUGUGAAAGUCAAAGAGGAGAAAAAGCCCACACUACAGGAGAUAGCCAAUCAGAAAGGAAUUGUCUGCAAGGCUCAGGGUUGGAAAGUACAUCUCUGUGCUGCGCAACUCAUGCAGUUGACUAGCUUGGAACAUGACGUGUACAACAGAUUGGCUUCAUUACAGGAAGGGCUGAUUCCAAAGAAGAAAGCAGCUGCAGAUGAUGACAUGCAUCGAAUCAAUGAGCUGAUCCAGGGCAACAUGCAGCGCUGCAAACUGGUUAUAGACCAGAUCACUGAGGCCAAAGAUACCAUGAUGAAGGUUCUGGAUCAUAAGGAUCGAGUUCUAAAACUCCUCAACAAAAACGGCACCGUCAAGAAGGUGUCCAAAUUAAAGAGAAAAGAAAAGUCCUAAGGUCUCAAAGUUGGGUAGUAACUGUAUUUUAAAGCCACUGUAUAGAUGUUUAGUUUGGUAUUUUAAUAAAGCCAAUGUUUGCAGGUGAUGGAUAGGUUCCACAGAACGUGAACACUGCUGCGGUGUGGAUCGCAGUGAAUGGAAGUACCCACCAUCCCAACAGCGUUUCCAUUGUUGAUCAGUUGAAUUGUCAGAAUAUCCCAGUAAAAUGGUGACAACCUGCAAAAAACGAGUUAGAUUUCUCUUGGACCUGACUACAAACUGUUAUUUUAACUUGCCCAUCAAGUUAAAAAGCAUGGCUUCCACCUCCUUCACUUUUGGUGUUCCACACUGUUCUGAAACAAAAGAUUGGCAGGCAUUUCUCCCGUUCAUUUUCUUUUAAUCUUUGGGGCAGUGAAUUUGGGGUAGUGAUGAUCCAUUAUUUCUAUUUAGCAGCAUCUCAUCACUUCUGUUGGUUUACACUGGUGAGACAGUACAAGAAAUCUAGGUGUUCAUGAUUAGCAACCCCAGCUGGCUGCAGUUGUUAGAGGGGUGGCUGUAGUUUAGAACAGAAGAACAAUCCAAGUCCAGCAGCCAGAGUUGUCUGUCUACUGCCAGAGGAAGGAGUUCCUCUGUGAGAGCAGCCAAUCUGAUUUUGUAUUAAAGGAUGUGUUUUCCUUUACAAUUACAUGAGGCAUGCAUUUUUGAGAAGGUGAUUUCUGGUGCUUGCAAAACAUGACUCAUGACCUUAAAGGUUUGUCCCUGCAGUGGCUGACACGGGUGACUCGAGCUGUUUGAAUAUUUUCUCAAUGAGAAAAAGAAAAUCCCUAAAAAAAAAUUUAAUUCUUCAUCUUGGGAAUAAAUGGGGUGUAUGCUAAUCAAAACCACAUACUUGUGGGCCUCUCUGUAUCAUGAGUUUCCAGAAGGAGUGUAAAAGAAUUGUAAAUUUGUUGCAGCAUGGCCUUGUUCUCUGCAGAGGAAGCCUGCUCCUGGCCACAGUGAAUUGACUAAGCACGGUCCUGUUACAGUGCAGUUGUAGUAUCCUUCCACUCCAGGUUACUAUAUUGGUUAAGAUUCUAACCAUGUGAUAAUCUUUCUAUCAGAAAUUAUUAAAAAAAAAAGUGGAAUAAUUAGUUUUUUUAUAUUUAAAAGGAAGCUCGCACGAUACUUGGUCAGAGUCUCUGUAAGACAUGGCAGUAUUUUUCUUUUGCUCCUCCAUCACUUCUUUCCACAUAUUAUGUGUUUGGUGUUUGGACCAGCAGUGUCUGUAACCGAGAAGGUAUUUAAGCCUGGGCUGCUUUUCUUGUGUGUGGUGAUCUUGUGUGAGAUGUUUGUAGUUUGUGAUGCAGUUUCUUGUACAUACACACUUGAAAAUCCAUUAAUAAACAGUGCAAGCUUUUAUACCAA